UUUCAAAUCUGGCACAUAAACAAAAAACAUUCCUUGAAAUCAAAAGUUUCCGCAGAAAAAAAACAUUUCUUCCUUCAUAAAUAAAAUCUAAAUAAUAUUCCUUUUAGUUUAAAUUAAAAUAUUAAAUAAACAUGUUUCCAUUAAGUUCUCAGAAGAAAUAUUGGACAUUUACAAAUGAGCAGGAUUUAAAUGAUCGACGGAUAGAUCAAAAUCGUAAAUUUAUCCAAACCCAUGGAUCAACUUUGACUGAAGAACAACAAGAAGCCUACUUCCUUUCACCAGCUGAAGAGCGACUACUCCUAAAGCAAUAUGAAUUGCAUUUGAAAGAUUUCUGCCGGCGUUUUGAGCCUCCAAUGCCAAAGUGCAUCGUUGGAACAGCGUUUCAUUACUUUAAAAGAUUCUACCUCAAGAAUUCUCCUAUGGACUUUCAUCCCAAAGAAAUUUUAGCGACUUGUGUGUAUUUAUCUUGCAAAGUGGAGGAAUUCAAUGUUUCGAUUGGUCAAUUUGUUGGCAAUAUAAAAGGUGAUCGUGUCAAGGCUAUGGACAUAAUUCUUUCAAAUGAAUUACUUCUCAUGCAACAACUUAACUAUUAUCUGACCAUUCAUAAUCCGUAUCGACCAAUUGAGGGUUUUCUUAUUGAUAUUAAGACUCGUUGUUCAAUGAACAAUCCAGAACGUCUUCGGCCAGGAAUUGAUGAGUUUAUUGAGAAGACAUUCCUCACAGACGCUUGUUUGUUGUAUGCACCUUCGCAAAUUGCCUUAGCAGCUGUUCUCCAUGCUGCCAGCAAAGAGCAGGAGAAUCUAGAUAGUUAUGUUACAGAAAGUCUUUUCUAUUCAGCCAGAGAUAAACUGCCUACAUUAAUUGAAGCUGUUCGAAAAAUACGUUACAUGGUGAAAACUAUUGAAGUACCUCCAAAAGAUCGAGUUAAAUUAAUUGAAAAGAAACUAGACAAAUGCCGGAAUCAGGAAAAUAAUCCCGAUAGUCAAAUAUACAAACAACGAAUGAAAAUGAUGAUGGAAGAUGAACUAGAUAUUCUGGAUACGUCAUAUCAUGUAGCCGAUUCUAGUGCUGAUGUUUCAAUGCUUAAUAUGAGUCAGUAAACGUUCAAAAGAAAUGGAAUUUGUUAUUGAAUUAAUGAAGACUCGGUUGUCAAAGGAACCAAAAGUUAAGGUUCCUUUUUCUGUUAGCUUAAUAUUUUUGUUUUUGUAAAAUAAACUGCAUAUUGAAAUAAUUUUUUUAAUAAAAUUUGUUUGAAAUAAAAA